ACACCAUCAAACUCUGUUGCUCCUGCUGUGUAAUAACGGCUACAUUUUUAUCUAAAAAAUGAUAAAGGCACUUCUCACCAUUAACAGUUGUUAAAGAGCUUCUUAAAAUGUUUUAAACAUGUACAAGUUAAAGAAGUUGAUCAGUUUACUUCUUAUUGGGCCUCUGUAAAAGGAUUCACAAAUUUCUGUGGAUGCUGUGUGUUUGUUUGGCUUGCAAUUAUUGAUUUGUCAGAAGCAGCAUCUUUUCCAGAACGGAAAAGGCGCCAUUGGAAAGGAUUCCAAAAGAGAUAACUAUUCAAAACAAUUAUAAUACAUCAUCUCCAUCAUGAAGCGUCAGAAUGUUCGAACUCUUUCCCUGGUCGUAUGCACUUUUACCUACCUCCUGAUUGGGGCCGCAGUCUUCGAUUCGUUGGAAUCCCCAACCGAAGCAAAAAGAUGGGAGUUCUUACAGGCCGUUAAGAACAACUUUGUGAAGAAGUACAAUGUCAGCGACGAAGAUUUCCGGGUGAUGGAAAUUGUUAUUAUUGAAAACAAACCACACAAGGCUGGACCGCAGUGGAAAUUUGCUGGAGCUUUUUAUUUUAGCACUGUUGUCCUGGCCAUGAUAGGAUAUGGCCAUUCCACACCAGUUACCAUUCCGGGAAAGGCAUUUUGUAUGGGUUAUGCAAUGGUAGGCAUUCCACUAGGUCUGGUGAUGUUCCAAUCGAUAGGAGAACGUCUGAAUAAAUUUGCAUCAGUUAUUAUAAGGCGGGCAAAGAGGGCCAGUGGAGCCCGAUGUACGGAUGCCACCGAGAUGAAUCUUAUGUUGGCCACCGGAAUGCUCUCCUCCAUAAUUAUAACUACAGGAGCAGCAGUAUUUUCCCGGUAUGAGGGAUGGAGCUACUUUGAUAGCUUCUACUACUGCUUUGUCACCUUGACCACCAUUGGUUUCGGGGACUAUGUGGCAUUGCAAAAUGAUCAGGCCUUAACUAAUAAACCUGGUUAUGUGGCCCUAAGCUUGGUCUUCAUCCUUUUCGGCCUGGCCGUAGUUGCAGCCAGUAUUAAUCUUUUGGUGCUGCGCUUCAUGACCAUGCAAGCCGAGGAUGCCAAGAGAGAUGAGCAGGAUGCCCAAAACCUGGCCGGAAAUGCCCAGCCAGUGACCUUCGAUGAUGAGUCCACCUACAAUAUGCAUGGCAAAUUGCUGGAGAAUAACUAUACAACCGAGAAUGAUGAGACCGCUUCUCUUUGCUCCUGUACCUGCAUGGGCGGCACAAGGUGCCUCAACCAUGAGCAGUUCGUCGAUCCGGACUUUCAGCCCACGGAUAUCAUUGAGAGCACUUUGUGCCUAAAGCGCGCCUCCGUCUGAUAUCCGUAUAGCCAGCUGUGGGACUCCACCGUGUAGGAGCCAGAGCCGAAGGAUAGCCACAUUAUAGAUACAAUCCUGUAGAGAUCCAACCGCCGCCAACACAAAACAUUGGUUGUUAGACGAACCUUCCCUACGUAGAUAUUUACAUAAGGAUGGGUCGAUUACUACGGCAAAGAAUUAUAGGAGCGUUAUGCGAUUUGUAGGAAAUUUCAAGGAGAUUUAUAUCUUAAAUACCUUCUAAAGGCAAUGGAAAACGGGCUUUGAAAAGCCGUUACAAAUUUAAAAAAUAAAUUUACAGCCUUCCUUAACCGCAAUAAUCGACCCAUCCGAUUAUACACCCAUAUACAUCAUAAUUUAUUGCAUAUACACAUUUACAAAGGAGGAAUCUCCGAAACACCCAUGUCAAUAUCAAUCGUAUCAUCUGGCUGGUAGCCGUAGAAUCUAUUGGUUCUACAGCACCGCCAACCCCAUCCCAUCUCAAAUUUUAUCU